GCAACUUAAAAUCAAAGCUGUAACAACGGCGUGGGCGUGGGUGGAGAAACUGAGGAGAGCGGGCGGAAAUUACAAAGACAGACACUCUAUUCUCUCCCUCUCAAAUCCAAACGUGUCGCUGAACUAACCAAACUAUUCAUUUCUAUAAGUCCCUCUUCUUCUCUCUCCAAGAAGAAAAAAGAAAGAAUAGAAGUCCUCCAUUUCUCUUCUUCAAUCUCUGAUUAUUGCUCAUGGAGUCAUCCAUUGCUCUCCAAUCCUUUCGCUGUAACAUUUACGGGCAGCGCUUGACAGUUAGUCGAAAGAUGGUUUCUUCUCCUGUGAAGAGAAAUGUAGCGUUGGUCUCUUGUGUAAAGGCACCUGAAGCUGCUGAAACUGUCAAAUCUGAUGCUGGUGGUGCUAAAGGCUCGUUGGAGAACAGUAACUUGCGAAGUGCGACUUUCCCUAAUGGAUUUGAAGCAUUGGUGUUAGAGGUGUGUGAUGAGACAGAGAUUGCUGAACUGAAACUGAAGGUUGGAGAUUUUGAAAUGCAUUUGCGCCGCAACGUUGGGGCUAUAACAGCUCCUUUGUCUCACAUUUCACCUACAGAACCACCACCAAUUCCAACCGAACCCAUGAAUGUAUCAGCUCCAGUUACCCCACCACCAGCACCACCAAAACCCUCCACUGAAAAAAGCACUCCAUUUAAAAAUGUUUCUUUUGGGAAGUCAUCCAAAUUAGCUGCCUUAGAGGCUUCCGGAGCCACUGGAUAUGUGCUAGUGACUUCUCCAACGGUUGGCUCAUUCCGAAGGAACAGAACAGUGAAAGGAAAAAGACAACCUCCCAUCUUUAAAGAGGGUGAUCUAAUCAAAGAAGGACAGGUAAUAGGAUACUUGGAUCAAUUUGGUACUGAACUUCCUGUGAAGUCAGAUGUGGCUGGAGAAGUCUUAAAGCUCCUCUUUGAUGAUGGAGAUGCAGUUGGCUAUGGAGAUCCUCUUAUUGCUGUCUUGCCAUCAUUUCAUGAUAUCAACAAAUGAGUUGUGUCCUGUGUCGGCUAAUCUUAAAGCUAUUCUUGGAAAUCUCUUAAGUAUUGCAUGCAGAUUGUUUUCCCUGGUACUUUAUAUCAUCCCGUCCUCUACUGUUUGAUUGUUCAAUUAGAAGACAUGAGUUUUGUGGUGACCUGUUCUUAGCUUUGUUGUUUAAUUUUAUUGACUACAGAUGUUGAAAUAAUUGAUAAGCAUUGUAAUUUUAAAAAAAAAUUCCAUUUGUAUUAGGUAGUAUUUUUGUACACUAGCGAAGCUAUAAACAUUUGUUACUUGUUGAGUUAAAUUGUAUCACUCAGAAACCACAAGGGUUUUCCAUGAAAGCACAUUUAGGGCCAAUAAAAUCUUUGCAAGGUUUUGUACUAAUAUUUGCUA